UUUUGUUUUUCUUAACUCUUCUUAACGACAACCAACCUUUUCCUUCCUUUCAUAUUCUUGGUAGACAAAGUACAAGCCAACAAUUUAUAUACUAAGAUUCAAAUUCUUGUAGUCUUUAUGAUGAGGGUUUUCAAUAGGUGUGUAUGGAGUUUAGCAUUGUUAAUAUGUCUUUUGUCGAUGCUGAGCAACUUCCAUGGAAUAGGAGUUAUGGCGUCCCAUAACGUGCAUCUUAGGUAUCAAACGAAUAACGUCGACAAGGUUAAGCAAGUUUACAGAACUGGUUAUCACUUUCAACCCAAGAAAAAUUGGAUGAACGAUCCAAACGCACCAAUGUACUACAAAGGAUUUUACCAUUUGUUUUAUCAAUACAAUCCAAAGGGUGCAGUAUGGGGCAAUAUUGUGUGGGGGCAUUCGGUGUCGAAAGACAUGAUAAACUGGAUCCCCUUGGAGCCAGCAAUUGUACCAUCGAAACCAUUCGAUAAAUAUGGAUGUUGGUCUGGAUCCGCUACAAUCCUACCAGGUGAUAAACCUGUGAUCAUAUACACAGGAAUAAUUAACGAAAAACCAGAACCUGGCCACCAAGCCCAAAGCUAUGCUAUACCUGCCAACUAUUCUGAUCCUUACCUUCGAAAAUGGAUCAAACCUGACAACAACCCGAUCAUUAAGCCAAUACACGAGAAUGUAUCAUCUUUUCGUGAUCCUACAACAGCUUGGUUCAAUAAUGGUCAUUGGAAACUUAUUGUGGGUAGUAAGAAUAACCGUAGAGGCAUUACCUAUUUGUACCGAAGCCGAGAUUUCAUUAAGUGGACCAAGGCAAAACAUCCAUUUCACACGAAAAAAGAUGUUGGUAUGUGGGAAUGCCCGGACUUUUACCCAAUAUCAUCUCAAGGAACAAAUGGGUUAGACACUUCAACAUUAGGGGAUAAUGUUAAAUAUGUUUUCAAGGCUAGCCUAGAUAUAACUAGGUUUGAUUAUUACACGAUUGGAAGUUACAACCUCGUUAAGGACAAAUAUGUCCCGGAUAGCACGUCAGUUGAUGGGUGGGCAGGGUUAAGAUAUGAUUAUGGGAACUUUUAUGCCUCUAAGACAUUCUUUGAUCCUAUCAAGAAACGAAGGAUUUUGUGGGGUUGGGCUAACGAGUCAAGCACUAGAAGUGAAGACAUUGCUAAAGGAUGGGCCGGAAUUCAAUUGAUUCCACGUAAGGUGUGGUUGGAUCCUAGCGGACACAAAUUGCUACAAUGGCCGAUUAACGAAUUGGAAAGAUUAAGGGAUCAAAAGAUAGAACUAAGCAAUGUGAAAAUCAACAAAGGUGAUACCGUAGAAGUAAAGGGAAUUAAUGUAGUACAGGCAGAUGUCGAUGUAACUUUUACGUUUUCAAGUUUGGAUAAAGCUGAGCUGUACGACAAGAAAUGGGAAAAUUUUCCUCCUGAAGAUCUCGCUAAAAGUAUUUGCGGAAUCAAGGGUGCAACCGUACAAGGCGGGCUAGGGCCAUUUGGGCUUUUGACACUUGCUUCAAGCAAGCUUGAAGAGUAUACACCGGUUUUCUUUAGGAUUUUCAAGACAACCGGCAAAAAACAUAAAGUUCUCUUUUGUUCUGAUGCUACCCCUUCAUCAAUAAACAAGAAUGAAUACAAGCCAUCAUUUGGAGGCUUUGUGGAUGUCGACCUAACGACGAAGAAGCUUUCUCUUAGGAGCUUGAUUGACCACUCAGUCGUUGAAAGUUUUGCCGAGGGAGGAAAAACAGUUAUCUCAUCUAGAGUGUACCCGACAUUAGCAAUUAAUGAGAAUGCACAUUUGCAUCUAUUUAACAAUGGUUCUGAGAAUGUAAUGGUUGAAAAGCUGAACGCGUGGUCAAUGAAGACGGCUCACAUCAACUAGGCUCAACACCAUUUUAUGUCAUAUUAUCGAAAGGAGAGGGAUUUGUUUUAUAUGCAAAUCGGACUUAAUAAGUUAUGUUUAAUUUAUCGAACUUAAUAUCAUCUACCUUUUUUAAUACAACACCCCAUUCCCAAAUUUAGUGUA